AUGGCUUUGUGGACCCCCUAUGCGGAAAAAGCUUUGGACUUAACUAAAAAUGUUAAAAAGGAAGUCUCACCAGACAGGACUUCAAGACCUAAGGUUCCCGAAUACAGAUAUUCAUCAGUGUCGCCGAACUUAGAACACGAAAAUAGAUGUUACAAUUACUACGAGUACAAUAUCCCACCAUCUCAAAUAUCUCCCAUCGAGAAUUGGAACUUCAGAAAGGUACCUUCGCCACCACAAUCAGAGGAGUCCUUCGAAGUCGAUUCGCUGUCCGAUGAUGUUGAGUAUCAAGCGUUUGAGCGGGAUGCAUUAAGAGCUAUGGCUGAGAAGAACGGGGGUUGCUUACUUGGAAACAAUCCGAGGAUGAGGCGAGCGGUUCAGACGAGCCAAGAAGCUGACGACUCAUAUAGGAAACAGAGAGAAAGGAAUAAUUACGCGGCAAAACAGAGCAGAGAUAGACGGAAGUUACGAGAAGUACGUCUCGCGUUUCAAGUGACGUUUCUAAAGAAAAAAAUCGCGAACUUAAGGUCCAAGCUCGGAGAACGAGUGUGUCUGCGUUGCCAGCAGCAGUGUCGGUGUUAAGUGACGGAGAGACGAUUUAGACAUUCAAAAGUGAAAAGUGCAUUCAAUUACGAUUUUAUAAAUUAUUGCAUUGUAAAU